AUGGUAGCAUCCGAUAUUCAUUGGUACAGGAGGCUUAUUAAAGAGGUGUCUAAUGAUGCAGAGAUGUUUAUGUGUUCAACUUGCAUAUGUUUAUUUCGAAAGUUGAUCAUGUUCAUAGAACAAUGUCACAAGGCCCAGAUAUUUCUGAAACAGGUUUACAGUCAGGAGCUACAAAUAUUACCGCCACCAAUAGGCAAUAACUUGACAGUCUCACCAACGAGAACAUUCUACCUUGGGCCAGAACACCUGCAAGAAAUAGAUCCGGACGUAAAAGCAGAGGACUCGGUGUUUGAUGGCAAUGAAGCGUAUAUAACAGAGGAUGAAGACGAUGUACCGUUAGUUCUGUUUUGUGGCAGCAACGGAGAUGGUGAAUCACAACAGAUUUUGAAGAAGGAAGUUCUAGAUGAUAAAGUGGACGUGGGACCAGUCACUUUGGAAAUGCAACUGGAAACGGGUUCACCGGUCUCAUCCCAUCCCAAGGCGAGGUCGAAACAGAAGAAGCAGAUGGUUCUCCGCGAGGGUUUUACCUCCCGUAUGGUGCAGGAGACCGCAGAGUAUAUUGUAAUCAAGCUGACGAAGGAACAGGUCCUGGAGGAAAUGCGGGAACGCGCCAAGAGCAACAAGUACUCUAGGGCGCCAUACAAAUGCGAGCGGUGCGUGAAGGGCUUCAACUUCGAAGACGUUCUGCAAAGCCACAUGGAUAAGCAUUCGCCGAAAAGCGGUCCGCUGCAGUGCGAGCUGUGUGGCCAGCGAUGCCCCACGCCCGUCUCCCUGAGGGGUCACAUGAAGUCCCACACAACCAGGUACAAAUGCAAGCUGUGCGGCUACAUUCGCCACUCGCGGCAGCACGUGUUGGAACACUACACGAUAUCGCACGCGGACUCAUCGGCCGCAUACAGCUGCGAGACUUGCCCCUUCACCAGCAACAAGCGCACGGUAAUGCAGCGUCACGUCCGCUUCCACGGGCGGACGGAGAGGCACACGUGCCACAAGUGCGGGAAACUAUAUAAGACCCUGGACUCGCUGCGGGUGCACACGAUGCGGCACGACGCGAAAAAGCGGUUCCAAUGCGACCAGUGCACACAGAGCUUCAUCUACCCAACGCUGCUGCAGAAACAUGUGCAGUCGGUGCACGUGCGCAGGGACUAUUAUUGCGUGGAGUGCGACAUCAAAUUCAAGUCGAUGGACACGCUGAAACUUCAUUUCAAACGGGCUAAGAGGCAUCGCGAAGUCAAGGGCGAGGAGCGGCUGGCCUCGAAAGCGUCCGCCCCUAUGGCCCGUCCCAAGGCGCACGUGUGCGUCGCCUGCGCGCGCUCGUACGGCAGCCGCUCGGCGCUGAGGGCGCACGCGCGCCGCCGCCACGCGGAUCCCGGG